AUGCACAGCCGCCGGCGGCAGCGGCCUGGAGAUGGGCCCCAGAAGAACCUUCUCCUGCUCACUCGCCCGUGCUGGGCCUGCCCGCCGGGCAGUGGUGUCUCAGGGAGCUUGGAUCAAAUGUCAAGGCCUGCAUCGAGCUUAGAAGCUUAUCUUAGCUGCACAUUAAAUGCUGUGGAGUAGUUAACACCAGGGCUUUGCUCACCAAAGUUUGCUUCACCUGCCAGCUUGGCUGGUGGUCACCAGAGAGGCGUUUUGGAAGGCUGCUGUGCAGAAGGAAGCAAAGGGUGUAUUUCCAAUUCAGAUUCUGGAGAUGACAACACUGAAACACAGACUUCUGAACUGUGUGAGCUUCCCCAAGGAGACCUGAGCAGUGCAGGAGCAGCAAACUCUUCCAGCCUGGAAUAUUCUGGAGAGACAGAUGCAGAUCCUCUGAUUCAAGCAGCUAUAAGGAGAAUGAAUAAACUUGACACAAUACUGGCAAAAAAACAUCUGAAGGAGAGAGCAAUUAAAAAGCAAGGCAAAGAGAUGAGAGCAAAGCUCUGGGAAGAACUUCAGUCCCUCAGAAGCACUGGAGGCCAUGAGGAGAUGGAGAACACAAAACUGUUCUUAGCUUUGAGCUCAUCGUGGCAGGAUACAGCUGAGGCCUCCCAUGCUGAAGAAGAUGAAGUGUGUAGGUCAGUAUUUCACACCCCAGUCAGCCCAGGGGAUGAUGACAGCCAUAAGCAUAACCAAGAUCACCCAGGUGAGUUAGAAAAAGAUGAAUUCCUUCAGGAAGCAGAAAAAGCACAGAGUAAAAGUAAAACGAACCAGGACUUCAUCCUAAAGGACACUGAGCUGGCAAAGGAUUCAGGAAACCAGGUUGUUCUGCUUGAGGAUGAAAGGAAAAGGCUAACUGAACUAUUGAGAGAUACAGAAGAGGGCACUGAACUGCAAGGUCUUGAGGAGAGUGGCUGUGGCUGGCUGGCAUCAGGAGAAGGGUACACACCUGACCCAAUGGAGUUUCAUCAGCUGAAGGAGAUAGAGAGAAAGCUGCAAGUGCUGCUGUCGGGUGGGGGUCCCCCUGGCCUUUUUCCCAGCCACCUUUAUCAGGGGUCCUUGGCUCAUGCAAAGAGAGGCCCAGAGGCAGCUCCAGGUGAAAAGGUUCUGCGAGACCAUAAGGAGCAACGUGACCAGCAAAACCGCCUGAAAGCAAUCGGUCUGCAGCUGCAGUCCCUGGAGAGGAACCCCUCAGAGUCACAACUUGGCCUCUCUGAAGAGCAGCUUAAGACCCUUCUGGAGGAAUGUGUGCAGCCUGGGAGAACAAUAAGCAACGUUACCAUGCCAAAGUCUCAGGAAUCUCUUUCUCUUGGGUUCAGUCCCCCUUGUCACACGAGUCAGGAUCUUCACUCCACAUCUACUCCUUCCAAAAACUUAGUUGAAGACCAUAUUGUAGUGUUACUGGCUCGGGAAGAGGCUGGACUUGAAGACAAAAGCUCGUGUGUUAAUGCAGAGGAACCCCCUGGCUGCUGUCGCAGCAAAGCGCUGCCUGAUAGGCACUUACCAAAGGCUUCACUGGCCCAAAGAGGGGAUCCCGAUGACUUGGGAGGUUUACAGAAGAUGGGCAAUAAGAGCAUUGCUGAAGAUUACUUUAUGUCAAGGGCACUCAACAGCAAAAGGUUGGAGAAACCUCCUUUCUUGGGUGAGCCAUUGUAGUGCAUCAGCAGGAACAAUGAGCCCUGCACAGGGGCUGACAUUCCCAGCAUACCACUGCAGACCAGGGGAGGUGAGACUCCUAACAGCCCUUUAGAAUGGGUUUUUGACUGCAGUGAGAAAGCCCAAGCCAGUUCUCACCAGAAGUAUGCACCGGCAUUGCCCUGA